ACAGAGACUUCUGCGCUCACAGCUGAAGGGAAGGCAGGAGGCUGGGGCUUCUCUGGGCCACUUCAGAGUCUAUCACCAAGAAAGGUGAGCCUGAGCCUGUGAGCUGGGGUGGAGAGGGGGCUGGGCUGCGAGACCCAAGUACCUGCUGCUUACCCAGCGCAUUUUACAAAGCACCACGCAGGUACACACCAGACAUGCAGCACAGACAAGAGCAGACUUCCAGAUGCUUGAGGGAUGGUCUAGGUUUCACCUUGAGCAAAGUCGGAGGAAGUCCUAGGAGUACACACAUUCUUGAGGAGCAGACUUGUUUCUUCCUACACUUCUUUCAUCCGGUAAGAGAAAUCUGUUCUAGAUUCCCUUCCAGGAACAAAGCGCAGGUUAGACGACGCCAUUCCUCAAACUGCACAUUCAGCGAAGGCCAAAGUUACUCCUGGGUCCCUAUAAACCAUUCUUUUGAGGCCAAGUCUCUAUGUGCCGAGUCUGGGGCCCUCUGAAGUCUCUUAUCCUCACCACCUGUAGGAGGGGGGCUCUAACGGACCUCAGAGAGUGGAACUUGGUCAUCAAGCCCUGUCCCCACCUAGCAUUUAAACCUUUGCUUCCUGAUUGAAGUUUGCCCCACUCCAACUGCAGGGACCUUGGUUUCUUUAUGUCUACAAUGAAGAGUUUAUGAAAUAGCUUGUUUUCAAACCUGGAUGUGGAUUAUCUUCAUGAGAAAUGUACCACUUGUACCAGAACCACUGAGGAUGGGUCCAAGAAAUGUGAUGUUGAGGGGAACACCUAAAUAUUUUUGAGAAACAUCAAGCCUGGAGGCAAGGAACCAGAUGACUCUUGAGUUCUCUUAAGCAUACAGAAUCAUUCAUGCUUUAUAUUCCCAGAUAAUAAAAACCAUCUGUCACCCAAGAUCUUACCCAGUGUUUAUUUUUCUCUUAAAAACCAUUGAAAAUAACAUCUGCUUUCACUAUGAACUCUGGGGAGUCCCGGUGGCCUCCCCUGGAGACCCCUGGAGUCCAGCACACACUUCCUCGUUUUUCUCCAGGAUAAGGUCUUCAAGCUCCUGCAGAAGUCUUACUUCUUGCCCUCAGUCUUAUGGUUGUUUCUUCGUUUCUGCAUCGUUUAUGGGAAUUUGUCGAUUUCUGCACCCAGAACAGUGACACAGAACCACACAGUGCGUUACACUAAAGGCUUUGGGGAGAGAGAGGGAGUGUUAACCCAACCUGUCCCCAAAGCCCCUCUUCGGGAGACAGGCUGUUGAGUUAACAUUUCCUAUUUCUCAGUGUGCGGUGCCCACAGGAGGGAGUGUGGGAGGAAACACAUCACCCAUAGUGGAGACGAAGAGAUUCUGAAAUGAUGGAGAAAUGCAGAGACACGCUCAGAAAAACGUGGGAGCAAAGCUCUCACCAGAGAAAAGCCAGAGAGGGCUGGAGAGGCCGAAUCUGGUGUCUGUGCAGCCACAGGCGGAGGCCUGUUAGCUGGAAUGAGACUGGCGCAGCAGACUGAGGGGACACUGUGCUUUUGUGCUUAGGCACUCCUGGGAUUAGGCACACGGGACCAGAGAGCGCUUGGUUCUAUAAAUAGCGUUGCAGUCAGAGCAUCUUUGGUGGAAGGGAAGCUGCUUAAAGAGAAGGACUCAGAAACGGGAAUGAGCACAUGGAUGAGGAAAUCGGAACUGAGAGUCCUCUGAGGCGCGUGGGGGGAAGGAAGAUGGCAAGAGACGAGGAAAGCGCCUAUGGCUCAGAGGAGGAUUCACGGGCCCCACGGGUGCCCCUACUGAGGCUCAUCCUGGUAGGCAGGACCGGAACCGGCAAGAGUGCCACAGGUAACAGCAUCCUGAGCCAGAAGUGCUUCCUUUCCAAGCUGGGGGCUGUGCCUGUCACCAAAGCCUGCUCCUGGGCCAGCAGGAAGUGGGCCGGCUGGCACGUGGAGGUGGUGGACACCCCAGAUGUCUUCAGCUCUGAGGUCUCUCAGACAGACCCCACGUGCAUGGAGACAGCCCGCUGCUUCCUACUGUCGUCACCUGGGCCGCAUGCACUGCUGCUGGUCACCCAGCUGGGUCGCUUCACUACUCAGGACAGCCAGGCGCUGGCCGGGGUGAAGAGGGUGUUUGGGGAGAAGGUGAUGGCACGGACUGUUGUGGUGUUCACACGCAAGGAGGACCUGGCUGGAGAGCCUCUGCAGGAUUACGUGCGCUUCACGAACAACCGUGCGCUGCGGGAGCUGGUGGCCGAAUGCGGGGGCCGCGUGUGUGCCCUGAACAACCGCGCCACCGGCCAGGAGCGCGAGGAACAAGCUGAACAGCUGCUGGGCCUGGUCGCGGGGCUGGUGAGGGAGCACGGAGGCGCAUACUACACCAACGAAGUGUAUGAUCUGGUGAGGACCCUGCGGGGCGCUGACCCCCAGGACCAACUCACCAAGGUGGCAAAGAUGGUGGCAGCACGGAUGCAGAGGCCCCUGCCCCCCAGGCUGCUACCUGGGCUGUGGAAAUGGAUGAUAUCCUACUGGCCAGGCAGGAGACGGGGCGUGGUUAUCUUCCUGGGUGUGGCCAUCCUGAUCUGCGUACUGUACCACAGAAUGAUGCUCCAGGCCAUCGGGGACCAGGAUAGCAGAUAAUGCUGGUCUUAGAAGAUGUUAUAUCUAGAAGAAAAUCUUAUAAAAAUUGAUUUUUACUUCGAACUCUGCUCAGAGUUCACAGUACCGGGAACACGACAACAGCUUUGCAAAGGCUCAGAGGUGAUGAGUCUCAACUUUAACUAUAUGCAU